AUGAGUCUACGCCAAGUACGCCCGCAGAUUGACGACUACAGCGACGUCGAGGACGAGGACGAGCUCAUGGACGAUGAUGCGCCCUCUGACGAGGACAAUGCAAGCGACGUGGACGACGACGACGACGACGACGACGAGAGCGCAUCCGGCUCCGGCAGUGACCAAGAAGACCACGACGCUGAAGACGACGCCUCAUCAGACGGGGGGGAAUCAGAGCCCGAGGAAACCGCCACCUCGGCCCUCUCCAAGAUCUCCUUCGGCACACUCUCCAAAGCCGCCACCUCCCUGCGGCAAUCCCGCCCCAAAGCCGCCGCCGCCGCCGCCGCCGCCGCCGCCAACCCCACCUCCGCGCGCGCGCUCGCCGUCAAAGCCCAACUCACCGCGCUCAAGUCUGGCGACGCACCGCCGCCCAAGGAGAAGAAAGCGCGCAAGACGCGCGAGGAGCUCAAGCGCACGUCCAAGCACGCGCCGCAGGAGGUGUCGUCGAAGCGGGCCGUGACGCGGCGGCGCGAGGUGGUAGCGCCGCUGGUGCCGGCGGGGCUGAAGCCGCGGGACCCGCGGUUCGAUAGCGCUGUCGGGGGCGUGUUUGACGAGCGGGUGUUUAAGCGCAAUUAUGAGUUUCUGGAGGGCUAUCGGGAGGAGGAGGUGCGCGUGCUGAAGAGGGAGAUGGAGAGGGAGAGGGAUGGGGGGAGGAGGGGGGAGAUGGAGAGGGUUGUGAGGAGUAUGGAGUCCAAAAAGCAACAACAGGCGCAAAAAACACGUAGCGAAGAGCUGAUGCGCGAGCACAAGAAGAAGGAGCGCGAGAUGAUCAAGCAAGGCAAAAAGCCCUUCUACCUCAAGAAAACCGAGCAGAAGAAGAUGCUCCUCCUGGACAAGUACAGCAAGCUCAACCCCAAGCAGCUCGACAAGGUCGUCGAGAAGAAGCGCAAGCGCAAGGCGCAGAAGGAGCACAAGAACAUUCCGUAUGCGCGGCGGGAGGCGUAG